UGUAGAACAUAAGUUGCAGUAAUGAGUUUAUCUUUUCUAAAAGCUAAUUAAUAAACUCGCGAUUAUUAAAAUGUAUCGAAUGUCGAAUAGGUAGGUAUGUAGGUAACGUUUCGGCAGAAUAUUUUUUCGAUAAUGAGGUAGUCUUCUUUGUCUUAAUUUCACUCUUAAGCUUGAAUAUCGCACAAAGAUAGUUGAAUUUUUCGCGUAGAUUUUAUCAUUAGAAGUUAUUGGAAAGAGAUCAUUCGAAAAGAAGAAAUCAGCACAGUGUUACUUACAUGUGUCGGAGUUGAGAAGACAUUUUCACCCUGGAGCGAAUACUAUAAACAGGUACCUACCCUUACUUUGGUCUAUAGUGCAGUACAAGCAAUUAGGAAAUGGAAGGAUCCAAUAACAACUCCCAUCAAUCCUCACUUUCCGAAAAAACUCCAUGGAAAUCGAAACUGAGAGAUUCGCUUAAGCCAAAAAUGCACAUCUUCAAAGUAACACCCAAAAGCAAACGCAAACCCAACUGGGAUACUUACACCUUGGUUCAAAUCAGAAACGAUAUCAAACAGGACAUGAAAGAAGGACUGCAGACAGAAUCAAAUGAGAAAGCAACUAAUAUAAUGAAAGCAGCUAGAUAUGGUAAUUACUCCACCAUUGAGCAACUAUUACCAGUUCAACCUACUCCAAUCGAUUCAGUGAAGGGUAAAACCAUACUACACAUGGUACUUGAGGGUAUAACUGCCUUGAAAUAUGAGAAUGAUCCAGUUAAAAUCUGCAUGGAGAAUCUAAUUGCCGGAAAAGACAUAUGUGAUUCAAUAAUAGACGCUUAUUUUCCACCAGCUGACUUCAAUAUGUUCCCUGAAGAGAAACCAGAUCAUUAUAAAUGCUUGGACUUUAUUUUGAAAACCAUUUCACCCGAAAAACUGGAUAUAAAUUCUUGUGACGAUGCUGGAAACUCAGCUCUGCAUUACGCGGUUGCUUGGUCAGAAACAACAGCUACAAAAGCUCUCUUACAAGCUGGUGCAUACACCUGUAAACCAAACAAGAAUGGGACGAAACCCUUAAACAUCAUCAGCCCACAGGUAUUGGAAGAAUAUCUGGAUGGCUGCGUCCUGUCCAAUGAUUACCCAUUGGGGCAUGAUGAUUUUCAAAUUUAUUUCAAUUAUCAACUCUUUGUACGACCAAAAAAACAGGCAUGUGGGGGAAACGGUGGAAUUGAAGCUGCUUGCAAAGAAUUAAAAUAUGAAGGUAGUUGCGAGUCUGAACCACUGUUCGUGUUAAAUGAUAGACCAGAUUUGAAGAAAUUUCUGACUCAUCCAGUAAUCAGAAAUUACCUCUGUUUGAAAUGGCUCAUUGUAAAAAAAUACGCCUAUAUCGAAAACCUUCUCUUUUUUUUGUUUUUCUCGUCAUUUUGUAUUUAUUUAUGCUUCAGUGUUAUUCAUAUUUAUACGCCUUCGAUGAGGUGUCCUUUGGAUAAUGACACGUUAAGCACCGACCAUUCAGAAUAUGGAUGCUGUGAUGCCUACAUCAAAAACAUAGAUCAUGAAAGGAAAUUCAACACCUUUAUCUUUCCUAUGGAAUCAAUUUUUGGACGUACUUUGAUUAUUUUACGUGUUCUAAUGCUUGUUUGCAAUGUCCAUCGCCAUUAUUUUUCACCAAAAUCUUUUAUAUUGAAAUCUAAAAGAAUGUGGUCACAAAUAAUUUGGGCCUUGGUCACACUUUCAUUUGUGUGUUUACACUAUCGACAAGAUUACCAUACAUAUUUAGCCAUAAUGAUCAUAGCAGUAUCAAUUGAGUUUGUAUUUGUACUAGGUCGAUCCCCGGAGCAUUCCCUGGUUAUCCAGAUGGCUAAAGUGUUCGUGGUGAAUGUCUGUAGACAUCUAAAAGUAUUUUUUCUUGUAAUCGUUUUCUUGGCGAUUAGCUUUGUAGUUUUCUUCAACACAGGUUUUAGUGCCAUCAUCAAACCCAAAAACAUCACAUCCGUCAAUGGUACAUGCCAUGAUGAAUAUUGGAUGACUGAUUUGUAUAACAAUACUUCCGAAUUCUUGAACGCUGAUCGCUUCUUUAAAAACAUCACAUGCGUAAAUGGUACAUGUCCUGAUCAAUAUUCUGGCAUGACUGAUUCGAUUAACAAUGCUACUUCCGAACUCUUGAAAUUGUAUCGCUCCUUUAAAAACAUCACAUGUAUCGGUACAUGUCCUGAUAAAUAUACUUGGAUGAUUGAGUCGAACAACAAUGAUACCUACUUCCAAAUUCUUGAAAUCAGAUCGCUCCUCUUUUUUAUACAUCGUCGAAACCUUCAUCGCCAUGCUGAAAGGCGAUCCUCAAGUGAAAACCUUUAUGCCAUUUGAUAACAUCCCUCUCGGCCACUUUCUCUUGUUGGUGUUCUGUUUCCUUGCAGUAUACACAAUUACCAACUUGAUGACAGUAGUGCCCAUGGCAUAUGCUAAUGAAGUAGCCAUGGAAGCCAAAAGUGUCGUUAUGAUUUCCUUCUUGAAAUUUGUCUGGUAUGUUGAAAAUGCAGCCACACAAGAUCCCACACAAUUACUUGAUUUAUCUCAUCGAUUAGUACUUUGGUCUGUUUUCUGCUUUCGUUGGUGUCUAUGCAGACAUCCAAAACCUCCAGCACCCUUUUGUGAAAGGAUUUGCGUGACAAAUGCUAUGACUGAUUGUAAAAAGGAGCUAUUUUGCAUUCAUGAUGAAAAAACACUCAAUUAUUUGAGUUAUGGGUCGGAGAUUUUCGAUAAUGCAGUGAGUAUACUGAAGAGAACUAAACAGCAUGACGAGAUGGAAAAGAAACUAAGUGAAUCCGAAUCAAGGCUGGAAAAAACGGAAAAUAUAUUGCAGAAUACUCAACUUGGUGUGCUAGAAAAUAAACGUGUUCUACAAGAAAUUCAAUGUGCUGUGCAAGAAAUUCGACGUGCUGUGAAUGAAAAUCAACUCACCGAGCAGAAAAAUCAACUUAAAAUGCAGGAAAAUGAGGAGAAACUACGUAGAGAUUUAUUAAAUAGUUACAAAGAAGUGAUUGCUCAGUUAGAAUCGCUACAAAUAUCUACGAGAAUAGAUUGCAGCAGCAGUGCAAAAAAAUUUGAGAGAAGAAAUACGGAAUGAUUAGGAAAAUUUUGCUCAAAAUCAUCUAAUUGAAUUGUCACAUUUGUGACUUGAGGCUCUCUUUGAUGAUAACUUAUGAUACGAACAAAAAUGUCUCUACACACCUAAUAGUGAAUUUCAAAAAGUAGGUACAUAUAAUGAAGAAAAUCGACGUUUUGCUACAAACCUCGGAUCAAAGGGAAAUUAAAAAAUUUAACUUAUGUAGUUUUAAUAUUAAGAUAAGUAAGUAGCUGAUUUUCAUCUGUCAUUUUCAAGCAGAAAUAGUACAUUUUUACCUCAA